CGGCGCUCAGAAGCCUACAAUCGACGGGGUCUCGUUCUCGGGGCAGGCUAGCGGCGUCUGCGCUUGCGCAAUGUCCCGGCCCUUCUGUCCGCGGCGCUGAGCCAGCCGGGACGGACAUGCGCGGGACGGAGGUUGGCGGCCGUGCGGCGGCGGCGGCGGCGGCGGCGGCGGCGGUGGCCGCCGCGGCUCCGCUGAGGGAAUGAAAGCUGCUGGCUGACUGAAGACCCCUGAGGUGCAAAAGCGUCGGCAUUGAGAGUAAGGCACGAUGUCAUCAGCAGGAGUUGCUGCUCAGGAAAUCAGAGUCCCAUUAAAGACUGGAUUUCUGCGGAAUGGCCAAGCCAUGGGAAGCCUGAAGACCUGUUGGGGAAGCCGCAAAGGGUUUGAGAACAACUUUUUAAAUAUUGACCCAAUAACCAUGGCCUACAACCUGAAUUCUACCACCCAGCAGCACCUGACAACCUUUGGGCACAUUUCAAAACCUGUCCCAGUGAAUGGCCAUUGCUUCGCCGAAAACUGUUUCCGGACUCCCUCUCAGAUGAAGUCGGGCUUGCCGCCUCUCAUUAUUUCCCCCAGUGAACACUUUGGAAAGAGUGAAGAGGACCAUGUUGCGUGUGGUGUUAAGAAACUCUCUGUGAAUGGGGUCUGUGCUGCUUCCAGGAGUCCCCCUCUCACACCCGUAAAAAACGGGCCUUCCCUAUUCUCCUCGGUGACUUCUGGGGAGCGGGGUUCCAGGCCCCUUCCCCCCCUGCCUAUCUCUGAGGACUUUUCUCCAGAUGACACAGACUGUGAGGUGGAAUUUAUAACGAGCUCAGACACAGACUUCCUCUUAGAAGACUGUUCGCUUUCUGUCUUUAAGUACGGGGUUCCAGGCAGACGAAGCUUCCGUGGGUGUGGGCAGAUCAAUUACGCAUAUUUUGAUGCCCCAGCUAUAGAAGAUGGGAGGCCGACAUCUGACCAAAACGAAAAUGUACAAAACUCAACCCCUCUUCUUCAGCAGUCCCACCGGAAGUUACGAAGGUCCCAUUCAGGACCGGCUGGAUCCUUUAACAAGCCAGCUCCAAGGCUGGCCAGCCACUUACAUCGUGCUUCUCCUAAUUCAGAUGAAGAUAAACCCGAGGUCCCCCCCAGGGUUCCCAUACCUCCCAGGCCAGUUAAGCCAGAUUACAGAAGGUGGUCAGCAGAAGUUACUUCCAGCACAUACAGUGACGAAGACAGGCCUCCCAAAGUGCCUCCGAGAGAACCUUUAUCACGGAGUAACUCCCGGACGCCGAGUCCUAAAAGCCUCCCGUCUUACCUCAAUGGGGUCAUGCCCCCUACACAGAGCUUUGCCCCCGAUCCCAAAUACGUCAGCAGCAAAGCGUUGCAAAGACAGAACAGUGAAGGGUCUGCUAGCAAGGGUCCUUGCAUCCUGCCCAUCAUUGAAAAUGGAAAGAAGGUGAGUUCAACGCAUUAUUACCUACUACCUGAGAGGCCGCCGUAUCUGGACAAAUACGAGAAGUUCUUUAGGGAAACAGAAGAAACCAGUGCUGUGAGUGCCCCCGUUCAGCUGCCGUCCAGUGACUGCAGGACAGCUGCAGUGACCGAAAAGCUGGACUCCAGAGCGAAAAUGGACCUUGAGGGCCAGGGGAAACGCAAGCAUUUAUCCUAUGUGGUUUCUCCCUAGACUCUGGGAAUAUCAUUCAGCAGUGGCACAGAGCGAGCGCAGUGAGCUCUCUGGGGCAAGCUUAGUGUUGGCGAGUCUGCCGAAGGUCUCGUGGCAAAGUAAACAGCUGAAGUCUCUGCCUUGAAGAGAAGGCGGUAAAUCAACUGUAAGGUGUUGUUAUGAGAAUCCCUCAGUUUUCUUUUGGAGAAAAGUCUUUUUAUUCAAGUCUGUAUAAUUUAAAGAUGUGAUGUUGGGGGGAGGGGGAACAUAUCUAUAUAUCUAUAUAUAUCUAUAUAUAUAUCUAUAUAGGAACUUGUGGUAUAACCAUAGUUACAGGUUAACCAGUUAGUUACUAUCUUAGAGUAAUAUAUAUAUAUAUUCAGAGUAAUAAAAAAAUUCAAGCUGGAGAAAUCAGACUGUGCUGCCAGACUGAAAACUGAGCAAGUGAAAGGACAGUAUUGUUUCAUUCAGAACCACAGAAGGUUUUGUUUUAGUGGCACUGGGGGCUUUGACAUUUGAUUUCUUUUUCCUCUUUUGAGUUUGACUUCUCCACAAAAACCUGGGCCUACAUUAGCAAGAAGCGUGAGCUGGGAUGUACUAUGCCCAUUUCAAAAAUCAUCCGCAAA